CUAACAGGCAGGCACAACGUAUGUCAUAAGAAAGUACAUGUGUAUGUGAGUACUUGCUUUCUGGAGAUAGUUGGGACUUUUUUUAGCUGUCUACUUGUGACGUCUGUUGUAUCGCCUUCCAGACAUGGCCUGCAAUGACCUCGUCAGCAGUGGUGUUACAUGGGUCGUCAUUGUGUUUUGUCUCAUCUCUACAUCGAUAGCAAACUGGACCUACGAUCCGGAUCUACUGAGGACCAGUCUUACCUUACCCUGGGACGACACCGGCGUGGACAACUCCUUUGUAAAGUUCGUGGUUCAGCUGUACAGGAGCAAGGGCAGGAACUGCAGUGACGUGUAUAGACCAGCGAUGGUACAAGAACUGCCGGUAUACGUGUGGAGACAGGCCACCUUCACCGGUCUGCAACCCGGAACCCUCUACUGCAGAAACUGCACAAUUGUGACAACACACGGGAACAAAAGUUGCGGAAGUUAUACACCUAUAAACACCAAGCCGAGUAAUUCUACAGAUCGGACCGGAAGGUCCUUUAACUCUGUGUCAGUCACUAACACCAGCAUCACAGUCACGUGGCCGUCCUUCACAGAACAGAGAGAAAGUGGGCAUCUGGACAUAACAGUUUUCUUCUAUUACAUGCUGGACAUCAUGCCAGUUGAGGCUGAAACAAAACGUCCACAGAUGUUUUACAACGAGACUGAAUUAGAGGCAACUUUUGAUGCUCUUACUCCGGGAAAGGAAUAUGAGAUUGAGUUGACAACAGCUGGAAACUCGCCUUCGCUGGUCCACAGGCUCGCCCCUUUUUAUUGGAGGAUGUUAACAGUCGACAUAGUUUCUACUGCUCCUUCUCCCGUGGAAGAAGUGUCCGUCAUAACCACGGAUUCGACAUCCGUAACGUUCAACCUGACACCACCAAAGGAAGGGUUUGUAGACCUGUUUCAGAUACAGGCAACGUCCCCGCAUCACACAAGCCCUCUUGUAGACGUACCGUUUCCAGACGAGACCCUGGCAAGUGUUGGAGCUACUCUGUCCAACCUGCAGCCUGAGACGACGUACAACCUUUCCGCCACGGCAGUCGCCAAAGGCAGGACGGGCCAGGCUAGGGUUGUAACCUUCACGACAGAGGCUGUCCCCGUUGAUCCAAGACUCGUUGGUUCCGUCACAACCGCUCUCGUAGUUACCCUGAUAGCAGCAGCCUUCUGUACCGUGUGGAUAGUCAGGCGGCGCAAGUACAAGUUAGACCCGGCACAGCUAUUCAAGGAGGUUCUUGAGGAUAUCGUCGGUUCUGAGAAGAUGGAGCCAUGGCUGAAGAACAGAAAGGACCUGUUUCUUGAGGAACUGAUCGGAGAGGGGGAAUUCGGUCACGUGAGGAAGGGCGUGUUGAGGGAAGAUGGACAACAGGCCGUCAUUGUAGCUGCCAAGACGCUCAGAAUUGACCGAGCUAACGAGAUGACAUACCGGGACUUUGCAAAGGAGGCGAGCCUGCUGAUGGAGGUCAACAAUGACGGGGGUCACGUGAACAUCGUCAGUCUGGUUGGACUGGUGGUGGAUGGAGUAAAGAAGAAAGAUCCACGGUACAUUCUUGUCGAGUACGCCGAGCCAGGAGAGUUACUCUGGUACCUGGUGAACGUUCAGAACAACCGGCAUCAGGCUGGCUUUCCGCCGGGCUUAGGACGACAACUCACCGAGGUGGCCAUCGACAUUGUCCGAGGGAUGAUCGAGUUAGAACGCCGUCGGAUCACCCACCGUGACCUGGCGUGUAGAAACAUCGUCCUGUGUUCUCCUGACGGACAGGCCGGCCGGCUGGUCGCUAAAAUCUCCGACUUCGGACUGGCCCGUGACGUGUACGUGACGACACAGUACAUGAGGCAUCCUCUGACAAAUAUGCUGCUUCCAAUAAAGUGGAUGGCAAUAGAGUCCCUGAUUGAGGGUGUGUACAGCUGCAAAAGUGACAUGUGGGGAUUCGGAGUCGUGCUGUGGGAGAUGGCGACUUUGGGAGGAACACCUUAUCCCGAGGUUUAUGGUUACGAGACUCUGGUAACAAGGCUCCGCCGAGGGUACCGCCUGCAGAAACCUAACGGAUGUUCAGACGAGCUGUACGAAGUGAUGAAGCUAUGCUGGCAGGAUGACCCGGAUGUAAGACCCACUCCUGACGUGAUGGAGGACAGGCUAGAACAGCUGAUGGAACAAGACAGGGCCUUAUUCCCGGAGACCUAGGACACGACUACAAUCACACAUUCUUGGAUUAUAAUUGAUGAAAAAAAUCUAGGAAAAAGUAAAGUAAAAUAAACACAAUGACUGCGGAGAGGAACUGGCUGUUGGCCCUACGCCCAACACCAGGUGACGCCAAUAUCCAAUCAAGGAGAGAUUCGUGCAACGCCAUUUGGCCAUUCUGUACUGGAGCAGUGCCGACUAGCGGAUGGUGGUGGUAAAGCAGAAGGGGACCAAGUGGACUUGAAGUUUGGGCGAAGAUACGAUGGAGACGGGAGAUUUUUGCGGUGGCGAAAACAACAGCAGGGAAAAGGAUAAGUUCAGUGGGCAUGGUAAAAACGUAGCGUAAAACUCAGCAAUGUUUCAUUUACAUGGAUAUCACUACAUAAAUCGUACUCCAGAAAUUCUACUACAAUAUCAACUGCACUAGAAAAGAAAUGGCCAACAAAUUUUCCAUAUGUGUACAUCACUGUUUCUGUAUAUGGUAUAUAUGUGGUGAGAGUUAAGUUCAUAAACAAAGAAUCACAGUAUUGAUGUAUAUUGACCAUUGUUUCUAUUAUGACUUCACCACCUCGUGGUGAUGUCAUAUUGUUUUUGCUGACGUUUCUUCUUCUCCUUCUUCUCCUCCUGCCAUUUCUUUAAAAUGAUUCAACCCCUUCAUUUUGGGGCCAAAUAACAUGAAAUUUAGCAUGAAGAUACAGUGGCAAAAUACCCCCAGUCGUUGUUUUUUCAUUUUCUUGAUACAGACUCGUAGAAUGGUUUUAUUUGGACUUUUUGUUUGUGUUAUAGGUAAUGUACUGUAGCAGUGUGUGUUGCCAAGAUUGUAGCGUGACCAUAUUUGGGCAUAGGGCCAAUGCCCAAAUAUGGGAAGCAGGUGCACCCUGUUUGGAGAUCUGGUCUCUGAUUGGCUGUUCCCUUAAUUACUUUACUGCUGAAUGAACCAUAUACAGAAACAGUGAUGUACACCAGACUUCUACAUACUUAUAAUAGGAAUAGUUACUUUGUUUUUUUACAAGUAUUAGCCAGGAAAAGAAGUCUUUUGGGUUGUAAAUCGGUAGAAACAUGUCAUAUAACCUACAUUUCUAUAUACCUUGCUAUUUUUUUAACCAAAUUUUAAAAUAUUUUAACCACUUAAGCUGCUUUCCUCUAUUCUUCUUGCUGAUUGGCUGUUGAGAUCUAGUUGGGUUAACUGUAUUAACAGCUGCACAUAGCCAUACCAUAUUGACAGUAUUGAACUGUAUUUAAGUGUUUUGGGGUAAAUAUGUAAAACUUUCCUUCUCAAGCAUUGGAAUGUGGAACAUAAACGCUUUUUUUAUCUUGAAAAUCAACAGCAUUAUGAAAAUAAAUCCUAACUAAUAAUGUAGGCGAUAGCUAUCCAACUGUUGCAUUCUUAUUUAUAUGUCACAGACUUCAUACUAUAUUUAUAUCAAUAUAAAGCAUUGUUUUCCCUUGUAUUUCUCGUUCUUUCCCUGCCAUGUCGUGAAACUUGGUGAAGUCAUGCUACAUCUGCUCCAAAGCAGAUGCUGGCCUUUCUAGUUCUCUACGUUUUGUAAGAGAAUACAAAACUUUCAUAUCAAGUCAAUAAUUUCAAGGGGACUUCUGAUAUCAUUUCCUUGCCAGUUUCCUAGUAUUCAUAUUAAACUUAGUGCUACAUCACAAAAGGUAAAAAAAGCAAUACAAUAGAAAAACAAGUCCUGAGAAUAUAACAGUAUGUACUCUAAGCCUGCAAAAUGACCAACUGCUUUAGUCUUUGUGAAAUGAGUAUUUCAUGAACAAACAAAAUCAAACUAAACAUACUACCGUUGAUAUAUAAGUUUGUGCAGCAAAUAAAAUUAAUACAAUAAUUUUGUCCCCAUCUUGUAAUUGUGUACAGUUUUCCAUAUCAAUGUUUCACUGGUGCUCAUGUAAACUAAACAUUCUUACCAUGCUUUAGAAUUUCCUAAGAUUUUCAUGUAGAUCAAUAAACAAAGGCAUCCAUAUGUACAAUGUAUCUAUUACAUUACAGUACAGUACAGAUCUAACAAGAGUUCCGAGAUCUCAU